UCCACAAAAUAAACAUUUCAGUGUGUUUCGGUUCGCGUUGUUGAAGUGUUUGUUGCGGAAUGGCGCAGGUCUGCCGGGUCUCUGGACGAUUCUGAGUUUUUCCCGACUGUCGAGAGUGAGUUUUCUGUGCCUUUCUGAGCCGCGACCCUGAGGCAGGAUUGCCGUUUGGUGAAUGUAUUGCAUGAACGGAGCCGGCGUUUACGAAAAGAUGAACAGAUUAAGCGACACAACCGAUGGUCCAGAUGGAGCAGAAUCGGAUCCAGAAGAUCCCGAGCAGCUUUUGAAUGAUCUUCUAGGCGAACUGGAUAAUUUAGCCGGGGUAUGUAUCCAUAUUGGCAACUUUCCAGCGAACUUGCAAUGUCUCCAUUACAUCGAGAUAUCUCUACUUCACAUGGAGCGUUUCAGUGCUCUGCUGCAGCCCACAGCCCAAUUUGUAAUAUCAGAAGGCGGAAGUUACACUUGGAUAAUUCGAUAAUUAAAUAGCGUUUAUUCGGACAUUUAGAUAACUGCUUUUAUUAAUGACGCCAGAGUAAAACAAUAUUUGUUGAAGCUCAUUCAUCAAAUGUUUCUACCAGUUUUCUAUCUAGAGCGAGCUUUUACCCUGCUGCUUUGGGCCUAUUGAGUGUCCAAAAAUCUCUCAAUUUGAAAAUUAAUCGGAAAUUCCAUUAGUUAAGGCAGACUUCGUGGCCGUAUUGACUAGAAUAAUCCCCUCAAUAAACCAUUCAGUCACGGUCCGAAAACCAAAUUCCGAACUGGAAGAAUUCGAAAAAUGCCACCAAUUUAAAGUCUGUGUUUUUAUACGGUGUAACGAAAAUAAACUGAAACUAACGUAAAAUUCGAGCUGAGGUUGUUUUCGAAGAUUAAUGUGUUACGCGGCAGCUAGCAGGGGGAAAAGAUCUAUUGAUUGUGUAAUGAAAAUAAUGGAAAAUCGAGCGGUGGAAAACGUAAAAGUCAUUUGGAAAAUAAAAAUAUCGGCCGAAAUUGAUGGGGGCAGCUGAGAGAGGAGGUUUUUUUGUAUAGGAAAUCGAAAUUUUAAUUGGCUUGUUUGGCAUCAGCUCGUAAAUUCCAUAACAUUUUGGUUGUCUACUGACAAGGUACUAAUUCGAUUAGAUGCUGUUUUAUUGUUUUUACUGGCUGUAUGCGUUUCUAUUAGGA